CCGAUCUCAUCUAAUGGCACCAGCCGUGAAGCGAAUCACCAUUUUUGGCGCCACGGGGCUUCAGGGCAGCUCGGUGGUACAUUCUUUGCUAAGGGACCAAACGUCCAAUUUUAAGGUUCGGGCCAUUACCCGGGCUCCGCUCUCCGAAAAAAGCCAGGCAUUGCAGAGCUUGGGGGUGGAGGUCGCUAGGGCAGAUGGCUGGAUGGCCCAUGAGAUCCAGGAAGCCUUCUCAGGCUCCUGGGCGGCAUUUGUGAAUACCAACUCGGAUGAUCCGAUCUUUCAAAACCCGGACGGUCCCACCGAAUUCGACCUGGGCAAAUCUAUUGUCGAUGGUAUCGUAGCAGCCAAUGUAAGGAUUCUGGUUCUCAGCUCGAUGAGACCCGCAGGGGAGGCCACAGGAGGGAAGAUGCAUAUUAAGACCAUGGACAUGAAGGCUCGCAUCGAGGACUUUUUUCUCUCCGACGUUAUGGCCCAGGUCCACCGGGGUUUUCCAUGCCACCCGGAUGCCGAGGGCUUCUUGAGUCUACAUCUUCCCAGAUGGGGAGAUAAUGACGCGGCUCCGUUUAUCGCCAUUGCGGAUGACUUUGGUGACCUGGUGCACGGAAUCCUACUCGAUCCCCACAAAUGGAAGGACCAGACAGUCCAAGCUGUCAGUGAGACUCGAUCGUUGGAAGAAUUCGUGAGAAUCUUCUCCGAAGCAACUGGGAAGAAAGCACGAUACGUUCCUUUGCCCUCAUGGAAGUCAUUGGGGGAGGGAGUGGCGGAGCUGGAGGAUCCUCGGUUGCUCUUUGCCUAUGGAGAACUUACUGGAGGUCGUUAUUUUGGAGUCGAGCCUUCGUCCACCACUACAGCACUGGAACUGAAAAAACUAGCAGCGACCGCCCAGGGGAAAGACGGGGUCGGUGCGGAACUAACUUCAUUGGCCUCAUUCUUUGCUGCGAACUUUGGUCCGAGCUCGAACUAA